GCUCCAUUAUCGGUACCUAUCGGCAUUAAGCUUCGAUAAGCUUCUGACCUUUCCGUGAUAGCUUCGAUGUUUUCACAUUCACAAUUACCGACGUCACUCUGCGAAACGAACGGCUAGGCUAGACUAGUUAGGUGACGGAACCGCCACGACCCAAGCGACCAAGUAUUUCGACUUCGUCAUCCGCUUAAUCGUAUACCUGGGUGUCCAUUGACAUCUAAAAUCGUUAUGGGCCUUUUCGGAUUCUUCUCCUCCAGCGAUGAACAGCGCAAGCAGGAAGUGCGCACUGGAGCCAGGGCCCCGGACAGGACAGAGCGCAAGCAAUGCUGGGAUGCGCGAGACGAGUUCUAUAGGUGCCUAGACAAGCACGACGUCAUCGAUUCGACAAAAGGCGACGGCAAGAAAAUCGCUGAGAAGCAAUGUGGGAAAGAAAACAGGGGGUUUGAGGACAACUGUGCUGCUGCUUGGGUGAAUUAUUUCAAGCGGUAUCGAGUCGCUGAGCAUCAAAAGAAGGAGGCAUAUGAGAAGUUAGAAAGAGAAGGCGCAGAUUCGCUAGGUGCGAAAGAACUCGGCAAUGUCCCUAGAAAGAAUGCAUAGAGUGGUCACCGUCACUCAAUGGACCCAAUUAGUAGUCUGUCUAUAUGAACAUGUACCAUAUUGUACAUAAAACACUCGGGCAUUGGAAGGAGUUUCGGAUAGGAAAACGACAUGCACAAGAAAUCUCCCUUCUAUUAUACUCAUGUUCAUAUAUGAGCGUCGGGAGCUGGAAUAUCAUGCCACUUAGCGCCUAUGAAGCUUGAAUUACUCUAUGGCAGUGAGAAAUAUUGAGGCAUAACGUACUUGACGAGAUAUGACU